AUGGAGCCCUCUCCCGCCGCUGGGGGCUCGGAGACCACGCGCCUGGUGAGCCCCCGGGACCGCGGCGCCGGCGGCGGCGGCAUGCGUUUAAAGAGUCUCUUCACAGGCCCCUCAGGACCCCUCCCCGAGGAGCCCAAACCUGUGGAGAUGUCCUUUCACCACUGCCAUAGGGACCCCAUGCCGCAGCAGGGGCUCACCCCUGAGAGACUGCAGGCACGGAGGCAGCUGUGUGCCGCCUGCGCUGUGUGCUGUGUCUUCAUGGCCGGGGAGGUGGUCGGAGGGUAUUUGGCACACAGCCUGGCCAUUAUGACCGAUGCAGCCCACCUCCUGGCAGACGUAGGCAGCAUGAUGGGCAGCCUCUUCUCUCUCUGGCUCUCUACCCGUCCAGCCACCCGCACCAUGACUUUUGGCUGGCACCGCUCAGAGACUCUGGGUGCCUUGGCCUCUGUGGUCUCCCUCUGGAUGGUCACUGGCAUCCUCCUCUAUCUGGCCUUCAUCCGCCUGCUGCACAGCGACUACCACAUCGAGGGGGGUGCCAUGCUGCUGACCGCCAGCAUUGCAGUCUGUGCCAAUCUGCUAAUGGCCUUUGUGCUGCACCAGGCUGGGCCCCCGCACAGCCACGGGUCUAGGGGGGCAGAGUAUGCACCGCUGGAGGAGGGACCCAGGGAGCCCCUGCCCCUGGGGAACACCAGCGUCCGGGCAGCCUUUGUGCAUGUGCUGGGGGACCUCCUGCAGAGCCUUGGGGUACUGGCCGCCUCCAUCCUCAUCUACUUCAAGCCUCAGUACAAGGCGGCUGACCCGAUCAGCACCUUCCUCUUCUCCAUCUGUGCUCUUGGAUCCACGGCUCCCACCCUCCGAGAUGUUCUUCGAGUCCUCAUGGAAGGUACCCCCCGCGGUGUGGGGUUUGAGCCCGUUCGGGACACGCUGCUGUCGGUGCCAGGAGUCCGGGCUACCCAUGAGCUGCACCUGUGGGCCCUUACGCUCACUUACCAUGUUGCCUCUGCACACCUGGCCAUUGACGCAGCUGCUGACCCUGAAGCUGUCCUGGCUGAAGCCUCAUCCCGGCUCUACUCCCAGUUUGGAUUCUCCAGCUGUACCCUGCAGGUCGAGCAGUACCGGCCUGAGAUGGCCCAGUGCCUACGCUGCCGGGAGCCCCCGCAAGCCUAGCCGCUGCUCUGCCCUCAUCUACCCCACUUCCAGGCCCAGGCUCAGCCCUAGAAUCUCAGCACCUGCCUCCCUGCUCACAGAGAGGGGACUGAACUGGGCCCAGACCCCUUCCUCUCUUCCCCCUCCCACCUGCCAAACUCCCUAGCCCCUAGCCCCUGUGGGCAAGACCAAAGUGUGUGUGGGGAAUGGGGAGGGAGUCUAGGCCAAGGUUCAGGACUGCUCAGGAGCAGGGGUCCUGGGUCUUAGUGCAGUGGGGGAGGUGGGGUGUAGAAGUCUCACUGUCUCUUCUCCCCCGAGAUCUGGGGAGCCGUGAGCCUCCUUUCCAAGCAGCUCAUCUGUCUGUGGCAGACUGGCUGGCUGCGGGCAUCUGCCUGUCUGUGUGCUGUUGAUGUGCCUGUGCCUGGGGGAGGUCAAUGGGGUCCCCUUCCUACGUGGCCUCGCUCUGUCUAUGCAGGGGCCCCAAAGCCCACACUUUGUCUGUGUUCUCGCCCUGUGGUUUUGUCUGUGUGUGUUUCUUGGUGCUGUGGCCUGUGUGUCUCUGUGCCUGUAUGGCUGUGCUAUGGUAUCUAUGAGUCUGCAUCAUCCAUGUGUCUGUUUUGGGGGUCUGUCUGUCCAUCCCUCUGUUGGUGCUGUGCCGUUGGCUAUCCCAGAGAGAGGGAAGACUUUGCAGCACCUCCACCAAUAAACUCGUGUCUAACUGCAUCUUCCAGGCCCCGUGCUGAUUCCUCAGGAG